AAACAAGAGAAGAUCCUCUUAGGGCAAAAGCAAUUUAGGCAGUCGCUAUGGAAACACACAACUAAUUAAGGAAGCAUAGUGAAAGCCCUUUGAAUUUUCGUAACAAGACCAAGCGCCUCAGGGUAUUCCGUGGGUUUAAAAUUCGGACACAACAGAUACCUGCUGAGAAAUUGAAACAGAAAUCGCGUCGUAAGCUCUGGGUCCAGCGCAUGUGAAGUUUUCAACUACGUUACGUAAUCCAGGAAGGAUAGAACAAGGAUAGAAGUCCUAUUUGCGACACAAUUAGCACAUUGAAGGCGGCCGGCGAGGACUCACCUUGCCAAAAGUAGAAUAAUACGUCGCUAUUUUCUCGCGUUUUAAUAAUUCUAUGAUCUCGUCCCUACUGGCCGCGUCGCGAUGACCGUGGAAAUAUCGCAACUGACCAGCGAGGAGUUUCGAAUCAUGCGAACAGCGUUUGAUAUUUUUGACAAAAAUAGCAACAACGAGAUCGACCAAGACGAGUUUGGCAGCUUAAUUCGCGCCAUUGGUUUUAAUCCCAGUAAUCGGGAAAUUGAGGAAACCCUUAAAAAAUUUGACAAAAAUGGCGAUGGGGUAAUCGAUUUUCAAGAGUUCAUCUCCAUGGCCAAGCAUUUUGAAGGAUGUAGCAGAGAUGACAUGGAACAGACAUUACGGCAGGCCUUUAGGUAAGUUUGCCCUUGCAGAAUCAACUCCAUUAAGAACGCAAAAUAUUCUUAUUUUACUUGAUUAUAAAGCGAAGUCCAAGUUAGUUGACCUAAAAUUUAUUUUUACUUCCUCGUAAGUAAAGUAAUAAGACAACUAGCUGUGAUGAAUAUUUUGUCAUCUAAGUCGACAUUGUGGCUCAGAUUUUGGAAAGCUUUUUUAUUUUAUUUAUUCUGAGUGCCGGGGGUGGAAAUGCUUCAAUUUUGCUUAAUGCCAUAUUGACUUUGUAACAACCGAGGUUUGAAUACAUCACGUAUAAGAAGACAAUAGAAUAUUCUUAGACAACCGAAAGUUAAGCAAUUUCAGCGAGAUGGAAUUUCGAAGUUAAACUUUAUGAAGCUUCUUUUUGGAUUUCAAACUAACGCCGGCUUAGGGUAAAAACCUGCUUUCGACCAAACUGUAUUUUUGGUUAUGUUGCCUUAAUGUCAAAUUUAUUCAUACGUUAUUGAUAAGAAGGACGCCCAAGCAAUUUGGAGGAGGCAGGCUGGCUGUGUUCGUAAUAUGAAAAGAAAUCUGUCUCUGAAAGCAGUACGUAUUAAAAGCAAUUUUAAGGUUGGCGUUUUAAAUACUGAAUCUAUGUGGACAUUUGUAUGUUAAUGAGUAAUUUGAUGGGUAGCGUAUAAGAGUAUCCAAUUUUAUAGACGCGACGGUUUAGUGGGAAGGAACACUGAGUUAUUGAAAAAUUCAGUAAAACGAUUACAAAAACUAUACUUGAGCACAAUACAUUAUUAAUUUUAUCUAUUUUUUCCCCUUGUUCAUCGAUUAUCAAAUGUCGUGGUCAAUUGAAAUACUUUGCCUAAAAUUCAGAAAAUAUGGAGAGCACUCGCUUGAUUAAUUCUUCUUAUAAAUUUGGCAGCAGCUCACCUCAAUCGUUUCACCUGCUUUGUCUAAUUUCACAUGGUCUGUUUCUCUACAAACAUAUUACUACAAACUUCAAUAUCUCAAUACUUCAUGUUUUCGCUAUAACAGAUCGUCCGAUUCGAGUUAGAUUUUAAUAUAUUUUUUUUCACUGUCGACCCGGCUCGAGCCUGCAGGUGUUUAUUUCUUAACACGCCAUAUUAUUUGAUAUCACGCUUUCUUACAUCCUGCCCUAUUUUAUCGCGUAUUUCCCCUACAGGCAAAACCAUCAAAAUAAGUAAGAAUAAUUAUGAAUAAAACCAACUUUAAUUUCAAUAUCCGCCACCAGGUAGAAAUGUGUUAAACGCACUUUAAAAAGAAAGACUAAACUUUUCACAGACGCGAGUUUCUUCAUUGAAACGCGAAGCACAGCCGAAUGUUUUCGCAGCUGUUUGAAGUUUUUCAACACGUCAACCGGGGAUUUGUUCUUUUACAUCAGUAAGAAGGUUACUUCAUGUUUCAUAAAAAGAAGACUUAGAUAAAUUUUGCCACACCGAAAUUUCAUGUCAGUAACAGCAUACUAAAAUUUAUGCGCCAUGCCUUAAAUAUAACACAAGUUGUAAAUUAAUAGAUAUUAUAUUGGGAAACAAUUUUGCGGUUACCAAUGAAUAAACACCUUCACUGAAACAAUACAACACGUUGGUGCAAAAAUCAUUUAACAUUAAAGAGAGGAUUAAAAACUAAAUUCGAGCAAGGCAGUUAAAAAACUUUGACAUUCCUACAAAAUUUGGGGACGAUUGUUUUCAGAUAAGAAUGUAUGCAAUCUCCAAGGAUGCUAGGGUGUGUCUUCUCGUUAUCUCGUACAAAAACCUAGGGGAAGCUAUUACUAGUUUUGGAGGCAACACCAAUACUCCUUAAGGUGGCUGAACACGGUUUUGUCAGUUUGUGAGUAUAUGUCAUUUGGCAAAUCAUAGCAAGAGAAAGGUUGCAGCUCAUCAGCUGAAACUUGGAAAGUAAAAAAAUAUACUGAUGAAAGAUUUUGAUUGACAGGUAAAUUUGACGUUUUCGAAGGUUCCAUGGCAACAUGAACGAUUGAAAACAACCUCAAAAUUUUACUUUUGCUCCGUUUACAUAAAAUUCGCUCAUUAGAUAUUCGUAUAACCUUGCACACAGCUUACUAUAAUUAAUCAUUACCAUUUCAAACUUAUUUGACCAAAUUUUAAUAGAAGAGUUUUAGAUAAUCAAUAAUAUAUUGUACUGCAAUUGUUAAAUGUGUCACAAAAUUCGUCUGUUCAACUUCCAUUUUAAAGUUCUCAUUAUUUAAAGUACGAUAAAAGUAGAAAUUCUACCAAAUAUCACAAAAUUUUAUUGAGUAGAUUUUGAGAAAUCGUCUUCUGUGUACCAUUGCUUUUUUCGCGAUCAUGUUUGUUUGUCUAAUUUAAAACACCAGCCAUUAAGCGAGUUACCGCUGACCUCCCGCAAAACUGUGUUUUAGCCACCUUAAAUAGGAUAGAUGUAUGUUUUCGGUACCGAGUGGUGUCACACAGGGAGACAUGGGAAGUCCCUUUUUAGGACUCCCAUCAGGCCGGUCUCAAUCACUCUCUAAGGUGGUAACAACGGCUUUCUGUGUUUUCGACGAUUUCUACUUGGUGAUAAAUCAAUACUACACUUUGUUUAGUUGAUGCUAUCGUUAUGGCAUCCUUUUUUAAGUAUUAAUGAACGCGCUUGCGUGAAUUGAUCAAACCUUUUUAUUUCUAAGGCUUACUUUUCGGUUAAUAAAAUGAGCUGUAUGUAAAAAGUGAAAGAGAAAUAGCGCAAAAUUACCACUUCUAACCAAAUCUUUUAAUUCUUGAGGUUUAGAAGAAAAUAUUCUCGAAGCUGAGAAUGUAUCGAUCAAAGCUGUGUAAAUCGACCUGAAUCAGUGCAUGGAACCUUGCGUUUCAUGUUUUUAUCUCACCUAUUGUAUGGAAUAUUUGUGAAAAUCUUCAAUAAGAAAUAAGAAUCGCUAUAUUUCAAAGACUGCUACACAACGACCAAGAAUACUAAUGAUCGACAACGUACAGAGCGAAGGCAGCUGUAGUGUCAACUAUUACAAGUUAUAUCUCUGUUAACUCCCGAUCUUAACGAGUUCCGUGACCACCAUUUUUCAUUGUCGAGUUGUGAUAACCAUGGAAUAAUAUAUAAUUAUUUUGUCAAAUGUUAAAGCGUGGCAGCUGGUUCAGAGCCUCCUUAAAUUUUCAAAAAUCUGUUACUAUGAAGUAUAGGCCACUAAGGUAACAAAAUCAGUGUGUGGUAAAACGGUUCACCGACGUUUAAAAGAUUUUGGCUGUAGUUCUCAGACCACUGAUUAAACUACUGUAAGUUUGCCAGGGGUAACAGCAUGUGGUGCUUAAUGGAGGUUGCCGCUCAAUAUAGGUUUAUCAGAAUUAGCAUAAUAUGUAGCAAAAUUAUUACGGCCUUUUAUUCUGAAGCAAACACCUUUAAAGGCUUGUGACAAGUUUAACAGGAGACACAGCUCCUAUUUUACUGAGCAAAAGUAUAGUAACGGUUUCAAAAAAGCAAAUUCUCUUGUCAAAUUGCUGUGAUGAUAAAGUUCUCCCAACUUAACACGCACAUGCAAAAUCAUAAACUGUGGCGCCAAAAAGUCUCAAUGGAUGUAUAUACUGAACUGAAACGUUAGAGUAAACGUCCAUAAUCCAUAAUCAGUUGCAUUUUCAAAAGGUGUCGAGACCACGGCUGUCAGAUAAAGGAGCCGCUUUAUAGAGGUGUAAAUUACAGAGUAUUCUUUUUCAGUAUUAUUGUUUUCAAAGAAAUACGUGGGUACAAAAUAAAGCAUUACAACUUUGGUGCGAUGAUACGCGGAAUAGUUCCUUACAUAAUAUUACUUAUGCGCUAUUAUUUUAAGAGGGUCUCUACGGAAUUAACCGUCUGCAACACUCUCUCUAGUUAUUACAGGGCCUUGGAACUUGCUUUUGUCCGAAAAUAUUUCAAAAUUCUGUUUGGGAAGGGCCAAGACAACCAGUUGAUAUUUACUUUAACUCCUGGACUUAAAUUUCCACUUACUGAAAAGGUCAACCGUCAAAAUCGGAAAAUAUUAACCGUCAACGUAACCGUCAAAGCUACAACCCCAUUGAAACCCUCCCUUCUUUAACGUAUCGAAAGGUUAGUUUCCAACGACAUAACAAAGUUAUUCAUGAUCGACAACAUAGAAAGCAAGUAAACUUCAGUUGACUUCUUAACUGUCGUCUACUUAGAAAGAAAAAGAGGAAUGGAUGGAUGAUUUGGCUGGAAAAAAGAAGUAACCAUUUUGUUCAAACAAUUAGUUAGAUGGUCACGACGUACAAGCCAACUAAAUUUAACCAAGGAGAAGCUUUUAUUUGUUUGUAAAAGCGGGCGAGACGACAUAAGAAUGAUUUUCGACUUAAAUGAGAGUAACUUAGCUUCCCUUUAAAGGGGGACAUACAAGGAGACGCUCCAGCUACCGUAAACUGCCGUUUAUAAGACCGUAAGGGUUUUAGGAGGGCAAGAGAUCAUAUGCGCUGAAUCGUGAAAGCGAGUCUUCCGGAAGUCAACCAGUUUACCGGAAAAUGUUUCCGCAUGGUCCGCAUAGUUCUAAAAAUAACUUUUUUUGAAUCUAAGAUAUCCAAAAGGCGUGACUGGUAGACUCCCUCUCUGUCACAAAUUAUUUGUGAUAUAACCAGUUCUACGUAGCUUUAAUUCCUCACUCCCUUGAAAGUAUAUUUCUUCACAUGUUCAUAUUUAGAAUUCUUUACUCUGUUCUACACUUAAGGAAUUCAUCGACAUCAAUUCUCGUAAAAAUUUCGAUGAUUGACACUCAAUCUACACACUGGAUCAGCUCCACGACUCCGAACAACUAUAUAGUUCCUAGACUCUGGUGCAAAGUUCAGUUCUCAGAUCACGUGACGAGUUCCCCGUCACAAUGACGCAAUAAUUUUCUAACACUCUCUGUUCUAUUAUGGCUCUUGAGGAGGGCUAAUAAUAGGAGGGGCCCAUAUCCGAGGGGUCUCAAUUAUAACCGGACUAGAAAAGCACUUCAAACGAAACAAACUAAGGCUGUGCUGAUGAAAAUACGUUUUGCACUUGCUGGAUGUUUUUAAAUUAGGCUUCAAAACCUCAUAAACAAUUAAAUUCAUUUCAACUCUAGCCUAGCUAGAGGGGAGCUUAUAUACCGGGGAAGUCUGAUAUCCGGGGGAAGGCUAAUAUCUGGGGUCUUAAUAUUGUAUGUAUUAUUUUGCUUACAGGUAGAUGGGCCAAUAACUGGGGGACGGGGGGGGGCUCUAUAAGCAGCAGUUUAUGGUAUUUUGCGUGAGUAAUUGUGAUAUCUCCUGAGUAAAAAAAAUAAGUACUAUUCUAAAGUUAUUUUUGGACUUUAAUAACUGGUCGGUUACUAAUGGAGGGUGACCGCUUAUAUCGUGUUGUCAACUUCCGUUAUUUCUUGCGCCCUUGAGACCCUGAAACGCACUUACAACUUCGUACAAUCAAAUACAGGGACCGCUUUGUAAUACGCUGUAAUUUUUCUGUAUCUAGGAGAUAACUGAUAUUUACAUGUCAUAUUUUCAUUUGUGGAUGUAUUAAUUGCGUUUGCCAUUACCCUGCGCAUUAUUCAUGUAAACAUCUUAUCCAUCCUAGUAAUUCUGCCCACAUACUGCUAAAAGAUUACAUAGAUGUCAUCAUCAUCAUCAUCAUCAUCAUCAUCAUCAUCAUCAUCAUCGUCAUCUUUAUCAACAGCAACAAUAACAUCAUCAUCAUCAACAUCAACAACAUCAACAUCAUCAUCGCAGAAAAUCAAAUAUCGGGACCACUAUUUAUAAUCUUUAAUAUUUAUGUACCUGCCUGAUAUUACCUGAUAUUUAUCGAUGUAACGCUAUUUGCUUUUGGCAUGUAGACCGUUUAUUCGUGGAAAAUGUGACUCAUCCUUGUAAUUCAGCGCCCUGAGGCUGCUAAGAAAGAUUACAAUAAACCGUUUUCAUCAUCAUCACAAUCAUCAUCAUCAUCAUCAUCAUCAUCAUCACCAAGCUUUUCUAAAAUAGUGAACAAGACAUGAUAGGGACUUAUUGCUUCUUUUUUCUCUAGGGUUUUUGAUCGUGAUGGUAACGGCUACAUCUCUGUGGACGAACUACGUUAUGUGGUAACGACUUUUGGAGAGAUUUUAACAGAACAGGAGGCUGAGGAACUAAUCGCCAUGUUUGACAGAAACAGGGACGGUAAACUGGAAUAUGAAGAGUUUGUCUCGUGGGCCAAAGCUUCCUUGGCAGAUUAUUUGAAAUCUUUAUAAUUUAUUUACGUUCUUUUUGUAUCUCACCGCCCUGUAGUAACCGUCAGGGAGGACGUACUUCAUGUUGACCUUGUUGCUUGCUUUGCUUUUCUACUACCCAAGACUACUAGAGUAAAAUAUAUAUAAACAAGAAAGAAAAAUGAAUAUGCAGCCUAGUUCCUAUAGGCGUUCUCGGCUUGGUCAAUCUUGGACUCCUUCGUGAGCUGUGACGUCAUCCACCCUUUCCCAGACUUCGAGCAGAGACGAAGAAAGAGUUAAUACCUAGGGACUAGCCCGAUGAAGAUAGUAAACAGUGUGAAAUGUUUGUUGCCAGCAAAAGACAUUGCUUGUAAAGAAUAUUCUUUCAUUCGCAACACCUUUUCCGGGUGUUCGCUAUUAUAGCAAUUUCUCUUUUUUUUCACUCUCACUUAGAGGGCACUCUAAGUCUGUGUGAUCAGUUAUCUUCGUACAAACCAAUCGUGAGGUAAACACGGCUGGAUACAUUGGCCAAAUUCUUUUUAGCAUAUUUAUGGACCGUGACGAAGUCGAGAACAAUAAAAAGGC